AUAGAAAAGGAGUGGCAGAGAGAAAUAUAUAUAUAUAUAUAUAUCAAAGAAAAUAUCAUCAAUGGCUACUACUUGUUGUAUCCCUGUGAUUGAUAUGCAAGAUUUUCCUGGAGAAUCUGGGAAACUAGUAGCAGCAUGUGAGGAGUGGGGAUGUUUUAGGAUCAUCAACCAUGGCAUUCCCGCCACUAUGCUGUCUGAGAUGCAGUCCAUUUCCCGAUCUCUCCUCGACCUCCCGGUGGAAACCAAACGCCUGUAUGGUGAGGCGGUGGGCGGCAAGGGGUACAGUCCACCUCUUGAGGCCAGUCCUCUUCUUGAGGGAUUGGACGUUUAUGACAUGGCCUCCCCUGGAGCUGUCAAUGCCUUGUGCUCUCACCUUCAUGUCUCUCCUCACCAAAGGGAGACAAUAAUGAAGUACACUGAAGCUAUACAUGAGCUGGCCAUGACACUUGGAAGUAGGUUGGGAGAGAGUAUGGGGUUUAGCAGUGAUAUGUUUAAGGGAUGGCCAUGCAGAUUUAGAUUAAACAAAUACUAUUUCAGUCCUCAAACUGUAGGAUCAACUGGUGCUCCGAUGCACUCGGAUGCCGGAUUUCUGACCGUAGUACAUGAUGAUGAAAUAGUUAAUGGUCUGGAAGCCGUGAACAAGAAGACUGGUGUACUUUUCCCCAUCGAUCCAAUGCCAGGGACCCUCCUUGUCAAUGUUGGUGACCUUGCUAAGGCCUGGAGCAAUGGAAGAUUUUGUAACGUGAAGCAUAGAGUGCAAUGCAACGAAGGAACAAUACGAACAUCAAUGGCUUGCUUUGUGUUAGGACCAAAGGAGGAGAAAGUGGAAGCACCAGCUCAGUUGGUGGAUUCUGACCACCCGCGUCUCUUUAUUCCUUUUACUUUUCAAGAAUAUAUAAGUCUCCGGAUGUCCACCAGAUCACCAACUGGUGAAGCUCUUCAGCUUUUGCAAACCGCCUCCUCAUGAAAUAUUAUGGAAGAAAUUUACCAAAAAUAUAUAUAUAUAUAUCAUGAUGGUUUAGAAUACCAAUGGGAGCAACGUAUUAUAUUAAUUAGAUACAUCUAAUUUUUAUUAUUACAUUUUUGAAUGUUAAAAGAAAGUAAGGUUAUAUAUUUUCUUGUAAUCAUAGAAUAAAUCUAUAAUAAAGCUCUCAUUCUGGUUUUCCUUUUCCCAAAAUUUGGAUUACUCGACCAUUUCUUUCUAAAUGGCUUUUCUGUUUAGAAAGUUUUUUUUUGUUUUUUUUUCGGUCUGCACAAUAUACAAGGGCAUACAUACCCCAGGAUCCCAAAAAAAAAAAAAAAAAAGAUAAAAUCAAGCCCACUGAGUAGGGUAAAACCAAACCAGGCUACACAGAUACAGAACUAAAAUGUUAAACCGGAUCAACAUGAAGCCCAGCCAAGAUAAGAACAUCUCAUCCAGGCCCAACUCACAGCAGCCCACAGCCCGAGUCGUAUGCACCAACUACCACAGGAAACAGAACUUCAAAUUUUGACCUAGGCGGGCAAAUCAACAAACCAGAGAGCAUCACAGAUGGGUUAGGCAAAGGAGAAGAAGGGGUUUUGGUGGGAUGGAUCAAAAAAGGAGCUUGGAAGGUUCAAGUGAAUUGCAAUUAGUUAUAUAUGUAAAGAGGAGAUUCAUGUAAUAAUAAGAUUGUUUCAUUGUGAUUUGAAGCUCAAUAAUUCGAAACUG